GUAAUAUAAAAUAUUUGUAAAUUGAGGUAAAUAAGCAAAUAAUGCAGUAACCUUAAUUAUCAUAUAUUUUCAAAAGGAAAAUUAUAAUUUUCCUUAUAAUAUAUGCGUUUUAUUGUUGCUAGUGAUUAUUAUGUUUAUAGAGUAUCAAUACUGAAUUUACGAAAAAAAAUUUCUCUCGUUGCUUCGUCGUAAAGGGACUUUUUUUAUUAUACAUUGAAAAAACGAAGAAUAUAUCUUUGUUACUGUGUUUUCAUGUAAUGGUUUUAAUAGUAUAUUAAUAGAGAAUAAAUUAAAACGAAUGAAUGUUUCGUGUAUGGAAUGAUACUGUUAGUGCAUCAUUUGGUAAGGUUACGUCGCCACAAAUGACAGUAGUGUUUAAUCAAACAGAAAUUCGGAUUGGAAGUAAUGUAAAUGUUGAGAAAGAUUGGGACCGCAGCACCUUGUCAAUUUUCACUGCCACAAAUUAGAACGUAAAUAUUUCAUACAAAUUUAUGAAUGAGGAUAAAGCAAGAUAUUUUGCGGUGGGUCUUUACUGGGGUUAUCCUGACCCAGGUAGACCGAAAAUCCGCCUUAACAAUAAGGCACAAUGUAUGGGUGCACACAAUAGGCAAUCUUUUGAUCAAGACUGCCAAUGUAAGACUGAACUUCUGAUGCAUGGAAUAAUUGUCUUUAAUAAUAAAUAUAGACAGCAUCAAUGGGAAACUGUUUUUCGUGCUUUAAGGUGCCCCUUCCACCAGCCACCACUAAUCAAGCAGCAUCAUCAGAUUAUAAAGACGAAACAAUGGAACUUAGAGGUUUGUUUUCAAAUUCUUGUCAACAAACUGGGCCUUUAGUGCCUGAAACGCAUAUAAAUGGCAACAGAAAAUCAUUAACCACAUUAUCAGCAUUCAACAAUGUAGGAUCUGAUAAUUGUGGAUCUAUGCCUAAUGUACAAAAUAAUUUACGUUCAUCCCGAGGAUUUUAUGCACGUUUACCACCAUUGGGUAGAUCCGGAACGUCACCUGGUCUUAACGUAACUGUUGAAUCGAAACAACAAAGGGAACCGUCAGAAAAUAAAUUAAAUACAUUAUUUGAUCAAUACAAGGAUUCGCACGAAGAUGUAAUUUUAGCUGACGGUAUAGAAAGAUUUUGUAACGAUUUACAACUAUCCCCAGAUGAAUUCAAAGUACUUGUUCUCGCUUGGAAAUUAAACGCUGAACAGAUGUGCCAAUUUACACGACAAGAGUUUGUGACGGGUUUGAAAGCAAUGAAAGUAGAUAGUAUACAUGCUAUACAAAUGAAAUUACCAGAAAUUGUUCAAGAGUUAACCGUUACCAGUGAUUUAUUCAAAGAUCUCUACCGAUUUACAUUCCAAUUUGGUUUAGACGUUAAUUCUGGUCAGAGAAUAUUACCAGCCGAUAUGGCAAUUGUUUUAUGGAAGCUUGUUUUUACAAUACGUGAACCACCACUUUUAUCAAGAUGGCUGAAAUUUCUUGAAUGCCAUCACGUUAGAGGCAUACCCAGAGAUACAUGGAAUAUGUUUUUAAAUUUUGCUGAAAGUAUUGGUGAUGAUCUCGGCGCUUAUGAUGACGCAGAAGCAUGGCCAAGUUUAUUCGAUGAUUUCGUAGAGUAUGAAAAUGACCAAAUGAACCAAAACAUCAGUAAAGAUGAUAUCAUGAAGGAUGCUUCUAUUAAUAAGACUUAAUUCAAAUGAGGUUUUCAUUAUAACAAGGUAUUAUUACCUUAUAUAUAACCUUUGAACAGAAUCAUUGACAUUUUUUUCGUAAUGAAAUCAUGAAGAUUAUUCUUCUUGUUCAUUUUUAUUUUGUUUUUUGUUUUCAAAUUGUACAAUAUCAAAUAGACGAAAAUUGUUAAAACAUUAAAGUAAAAAUACUGUUCAAAGGAUUUUAUUCAGGGAUAUAAAUGUGAAAUUGUACACAUCUAAUGAACAUUUUAGACAACAGAAUUUCUAUUACCUAAAUUUGUGAUACAAUAUGGAUGAAUGUAUGUAACUUUCAAUACAUUAUGAAAUAUUUCUUACACUUUUUAAAGAUACCAUUAAGAAAGAAAGGAACAAAUGUAAAAAAGAACUAGAAUAUCUUUUAUUCUAAAUGAAGUUUUUAAAAUACGCGCCUGACAAACUGUUAUUAGAACAAAAUAUUUCCUCACAACUAACUAGCUCUCGAGUCAAAUCAACAAGAUCAGUGUCAACAGAAGGAAUUGUUCUCUGAAUUAUAGAUUUUACAAUCAUUUCUUAUCUUUGUACUAGUUUAUUUUAGUUCCCCUUUUUUUUAAUCAAAAAAACUAUAAGGAGAAUCUGUUAAUCUGUAUUCUUGUGCUCUUGUUUCAUCUCUCCUUUUCUCUCCAGAUUCUACAAUUUUUCUAAAUUUUUGAAGUUAGUGUGUUAUGUUCUUCAGAGUUUCUUUGCUUACUUCUUUGUCUUUUGCAUUUUUAUUCAAGGGUUUUUGCGUCUUCUUUUGUCAUGAUGUUACGAUAAAUGAAAGUUUUCUUCACAAUAAAUUAUUUUUACUGACAUGUUCUCGAUAUAAGAAUAAAAUGUAUGGUAUAACUUCGUUUAAAAAUUGGUGUGAACGCACUCUUAUCAAAUAAGCUCGGUCAUUAGCGAUCAUGGUCUAUGAUAUUGUGUUAGAUGGGCUUAUGGUUUAUUUAUAUUAUGUUCCUAUUUAUUAUUUUUUCUAUAAUGUCAAUAAUCAAAGCCUUAAUCGUAAUUAAAAGCAGCACUUUAAAUGUAAUGAGAUUGUUUAGAUACAUGUAUAUAGUGCCAUGUCUUUCGAAAAUACUAACAAAUUAUAAGAAUUAAUGGUAAUUAAUACAUCAUUAAACAAAUGUAUAACUCAUUAAUAUUUUUACAAAAAAAUUAUAUAUUUAAUUUGCAAUUUUCAUCACUGCAAAUGGAAUGCUUCAUUUUUGUUUUAUUUUAUAAAUUAAUUGGUGUUAUAUCACAAAGUUUGCAACAUAUGAUUUAAUGCCCUUUAAUACUUAAGAACAUAACAUUUAAUAUGAAAUGCGAUAAUUUUAAAAAAUAAUUAUUAUUUACACAGAGGAUCUUCUUAUGGAUGAUAACACAAUGUUAAAUGAAACAAAGUUAAUAAAAUAAAAUGAACAUUUGCUAA